GGGUUGACAGUCUCUACACAGUCGUGGAAGGAGUACGGCGGCUAAGCUAACGGCAACCACUGCUACUAGCUACAUGUGGAGGGUAAAACGGGAGGCAUCCCCAGCCCAAACUCUGUCAAAAAUCACAUUUUUUACUCUGAACAACCCAAAAGUUCAGCCUCAUCGAAAAUAAGGGAUAUUUACUGUUUACAAUGAAAGGUAGCCGGAUCGAGCUGGGGGAUGUUACGCCCCACAACAUUAAGCAGCUGAAGCGCCUCAACCAGGUCAUCUUCCCUGUCAGCUACAACGACAAGUUUUACAAAGAUGUACUGGAAGUUGGAGAGCUCGCAAAGCUUGCAUACUUCAACGACAUUGCAGUGGGUGCCGUGUGCUGCAGAGUGGACCACUCUCAGAAUCAGAAGAGACUGUAUAUCAUGACACUUGGCUGUCUAGCACCCUACCGUAGACUUGGAAUUGGUACAAAGAUGCUGAAUCAUGUGCUAAACAUCUGUGAGAAGGACGGCACUUUUGAUAACAUUUACCUUCAUGUGCAGAUCAGCAAUGAGUCAGCCAUUCACUUUUACCAGAAGUUUGGCUUUGAGAUCAUCGAGACAAAAAAGAAUUACUACAAGAGGAUAGAGCCAGCAGAUGCCCACGUUUUGCAGAAGAGUCUUCGCAGCCCUUGCGCACCUCCCACUGGAGAGCUUCAGAAGGCAGAGUAGGGGCACAGCGUUUGAGAAGAGCACUGAUGUGCCCGCCUCCACAGAAACAGAACUGUGACAAAAGCCCCAGGGUCAACACAUUCAACACUUCCUUCAAAGGACGCUAAAAAGACAUAAAACAAAUUAAAAGUACAAAAAAUGCUGCAUUUAUUUUGCAAGGGGGUACCCUUUGAUAUUUGGUUUUUACAUAUUUUAUUGCUCCCAUUUUCGCAGAAAUACAGACAAUUGAAAAUGACUAAAAGCUCAGUCAAAAAUGCUCCUGUUUACAGAAUUGCCAACUUCUGACAGUUCUAGACUUGGUGGAGGGGGAGGGUGUGGUGUUUGCAAAUCAUACUGUUUGUGUUUGAGUUGUUUUAAGAGGUUAUUAACGGGGGCGCAUCUAUACUGUUGAGUAAAAGGAAACAGUUUUGAAGCUGUAAAAGUGUUUGAAAGACCAUCACCGACAUGAAGUCCUGGCUGGUCAGCUUGGAGUGAUGCUUUGAGUUGUUCAUGGAAGAGUUAUACCUCUGAUCCCUCGCCAUCUGAACCUGGGAUUUACGGGAAAUCUGUCAUACCAGCUUGUUGACAUGUCACUAUCAGAUAAGUAAAGGAUAUAUGUACCUCGGUACAGGUGUAGAGGAGGCUAAAUGGUUUUGAGGCAGGAGGGAAGACUUGGUCACCACUUAUAGUUUCUGUAUAACUUUAUUUUCCAGCUGGUUAAUUUAAUUUCCCUCCGAUUGUUAUCUUAAAAUUUCACAUCAAGAUGGCAAAUGGUUCAGAGGCUCUCCAGGGUUUAUGAGUGAAAGUCUUAAGAAAUGAGAAGCUAAAUUUUAUUGAAUGUUUCUGCAAAGGGCACUCAAUGUUUUCUGGGGAAUGUUUGAAUAACAACAGAUUGGCUGUUCAGGAUUAGAUUUUUGCAUUAUUUAACAUGUAUGAUAAAGGUGUGUAAGGAUGUGUCUCUGAAUGCAUGCAAGUGUUUCGAGACAUCUCACCUUUAACACCCAUGGCACCUUAUGUAGCCACAUAGCAGAAAUCGUAAGCUCAAACGUCCCGUCUCGGUCAAUUCCUGUUGUUACCAACACCUUCAUUGGGUUAAAUGCUCUGCAGAUUGUUUGGGAAUUUUGGUAUGGUCUACUGGAAGUGUUUGACCCCCAAGGGAGCUCUGACCCCUCUGCAUGCGAGGAGAGUUGUGUCCUCUCCACUGUAGUAUAAGCAUGUUUUUCCUUUCUUUGAAGAAUUUUAUCUUUUCUGGAGCUCUAUAUUGUAAGACUUUUUAACGUCUAAAUAAAGGAAUUACUAUUUGCA